GCCCAUUGUUAAUUCGAUGUUUGUCAUCGUUACUCGUGUGAUUUUUGGGGGGGACCGUUUGACCUGGUCAUCUUUCGCUCGUUUCUAAUUCUUCUUCUUCCUCCUUUUUUAGUCACUGGAUGCGACUGAUCGUUUUCUUCCCGUCCCCGGCUUUGGUCGUGAGAUUCACUACGAUUUCUCUCUCCCGGGGCCCUGCGCUUUGCGCUUCGCCGUAGCCCCGUGGUAUAUAUAACCACUUCUCCAUCACGGGCUUCACGUCAUUCCCAGGUAUUGAUGCGUGCGUCUUUGCUAGGGAGCUUAGAAAUCUGUCGGAUUUUAUGAAAAACAAUACCAGUCUCGUACUGAAUGGCAGUGUCUGUUUGGGUCUGUUUACUUCUUGUUUAAUUGACCAUUGACGAUACGUUCUACCCUUUUCUAUUCACUUUGACUACCGGAGUACCACGCCCCAAGCCUUUUUGGCGCGACACCAUGGCCCGUGUGAAGCGCUCAAUUGAAGAGAUCGCCAACAAGUCCGACUCGGACGAUGACGACUACAGCGAUCACCCUCGCCGCUCUGUCUCGAGGUCGAAAUCGAGAAAAAAGUCCAAACCGUCGAGCAAGAGGCCUCGUCGCCGCUCCAACGAUGACAUUGUAACCGACGAUGAUUUUUUCAGUGAAGAUGACGAGCUCUCAUUCCAAGAGUCAGAAGAGGAAAUCGAUACCAACGCUCAGAGGAAUGCGAGAGGCCUGGUCGCGCGAAGGGCGGCCACGAACCGGCCACUUUACAACGAGCCUGAUUCGAGCAGCGUAGACGACGAAAACGAUGAAGAAUCCGAACUCCCUUCACCGAAGAAACGCAAAAGCGCCGUGGUUACGCUGAAGUUGGGAGAUGCUCUGAAACGACAGCCGCAGCAAGACCAAGCGAAUCGCCGAGUCACCCGACGUACACGAGGUGCGUCAGAAGAUAUCUACGCGCUCACUAAUUCGGGUCGCCAUGUAGAAACUGUCGAACGUGGUACGCAUAGCCCGGAGGCUGAGAUAAUACGUCCGAAUCGCCGCGGAUCUCGCUCCUUGAAGCAGGUUCCCGUGGUUGUGGAAGAAGAGGAAGAGACUCAGGAGAAACAAGAAGAGUAUAUCGAAGAGACAACCACGGAGAUCAAGGGCUCUCAAGUUGAGAUCAUGGAGAGUGCACAGGGAAGCUUCGCCGAAGAGGCCAUACCGGCCGGGGACGGCCAGCAAGGAGCGGCAGAAGCUGAGGAGGGAUUUGUUCCCGAGUCUGAGAAUGAAGAUGCGAACAACGAAGAUGAUGACGACGAAGAUGAAGGCCCAAUAACUAGGAGGAGAACGCGACCGAAUAGAGGUCAGCAAACCGAGGAGCCAGAGCAGCCGGAUGAGGAGGAACCCCAAGGACCCCGUCGCUCUAGCCGGAAAAAACCAAGAAGUUCUCAACGCAAGCGACAAGACGAAGAGAGCGACUUCGAACCCGAAGAGGGAGACUCAAACGAUGAUGAUGAGGCAUCCCAAUCUGGAAAAUCCAACGGCUCCCCCCGCAAAGCCAGUCAAGCACGCGAUGAUGAAGAGGACAGCACCGUCGGGCGGCGUCCUGGUCUUCGAAAGAGGGCGUCCCGAUCUCGUGGACAAUCCGAAGCAGCGGCUGAUAUUGCAGAGGAGCUCGCCGAGGAACUAGAGGAUCUUAGGGGUGGCCGACCUCGCAGAAGAUUGCAGACAGACAUUGUGUACGAAAAACCGCGGCGCAGCCGGAAGGAUGUCGACUAUCGAAUUAUUCGGCCGGACCUCAUUCUACCCAUCGAGGAAGCUGAGAACGAGGUCAAUGAGUCGCCUUCGCGCCGCGGUGGUCGCGGCGGCGGCGGUGGCGGCAGCUGGCAACGAACCCUAUUCCCGACUUAUGGGCCUUUCGGGGGUGGUGGCCCGGCUGCGAUCCUAGCUCCACCAGGGGCACCUGCCGCGACCGGAGGAGUUGACAGUGAUAGCAGCGAUGAUGAAGGGAUGCAACAUCCACGCGGCUCUGUUGCUGGGGUGGGGUCUACUCUUGGGCCACAUGGUGCUGGUCUCCUCCCCGGCCAGACUCAGACCCAUGCAGCCGACACUACGCAGGGUCUAUCUGGGACACCGGCAAACCUGGGUAAAGUUAAGGAUAAGCAGGCGCUUGCGGAUGCAGACCCAUUGGGUGUGGAUAUGAGUGUCAACUUCGAUAGUGUUGGAGGCUUGCAGGGACAUAUCGAUCAGUUGAAGGAGAUGGUGUCUCUACCUCUGCUGUACCCAGAGAUUUUCCAGCGUUUCCACAUUGUGCCACCUAGAGGAGUUCUCUUCCACGGUCCUCCUGGCACGGGUAAGACCCUUUUGGCCCGGGCGUUGGCGAACAGUGUCAGCUCUGAGGGUCGUAAGGUCACAUUCUACAUGAGGAAAGGAGCCGAUGCACUAAGUAAAUGGGUGGGUGAGGCUGAAAGACAACUGCGACUGCUAUUCGAAGAAGCUCGCAAAACCCAACCUAGCAUUAUCUUCUUCGAUGAAAUUGAUGGUCUGGCACCUGUACGAUCAAGCAAGCAGGAGCAGAUCCACGCAUCCAUCGUCUCCACAUUACUAGCGUUGAUGGAUGGGAUGGACGGCCGUGGUCAAGUGAUUGUUAUCGGUGCCACCAAUCGACCAGAUUCGAUAGACCCUGCUCUCCGCCGCCCUGGUCGAUUCGAUCGCGAGUUCUACUUUCCCUUGCCGAAUGCAGAAGGUCGACGCGCAAUUCUUAACAUUCAUACCAAGGGUUGGGACCCACCCCUCCCGGAUGGUAUUAAGGAUGAGUUGGCCGAGAUUACCAAAGGUUAUGGAGGAGCCGACCUUCGUGCACUUUGCACAGAAGCCGCCCUCAAUGCAGUACAAAGAAAAUACCCUCAGAUCUAUAAGUCUGAUAAAAAACUACUCAUUGAUCCGAAGAAAAUCGAUGUUACCCCUAAGGAUUUUAUGCUUGCGAUCAAGAAGAUGGUUCCGUCGUCAGAGAGGUCCACGUCAUCCGGUGCUUCGCCGCUUCCCAAGGAAGUCGAACCCUUACUCCGUCAACCUCUGGCAGACCUCAGGGCCCUGUUGUCCGAAACUCUUCCACAAAGAAAGCGGCUCACUGCUCUGGAAGAGGCACAGUUUGAGGAGCCCGAGGGUGCUGGAAGCUUCCAACGCGAACAGAUGCAGCAGGACUUCGACCGGUCGCGGGUAUUCAGGCCUAGGAUGCUGCUUCGCGGGCUAAUUGGCAUGGGGCAACAGUACUUAUCAGCUGCCAUUUUGCAUCACUUUGAAGGGAUGCACGUGCAGUCGUUUGAUCUGCCCACUCUCCUUAGCGACUCGACUCGGUCUCCAGAAGCAGCCGUCGUACAGCUCUUUUCAGAGGUCAAGAGGCACAGGCCAAGUGUAAUAUACAUUCCCAACAUCGGAAGUUGGACCGAGACAGUCGGCCCAGCCGUCCUCUCAACCUUCACGGGCUUGCUACGGUCAAUCCCACCCACUGAUCCUAUUCUGCUGCUCGGAGUCCAGGAGUUGACUGGAGAAGAAACCGACAAUGGGUUGCUGCGGCUGCUGUUUGGGUUCUCUAAGAGAAAUUUUUAUGACCUGAAAGCACCGGGUAGUGAAGCGCGGUACGAGUAUUUCAGCAAGGUGGUUGAGUACAUUAAGACUGCACCCGCGCAUUUCCCGGAUCCUGAGAACCGUAAGAAGAGGGAACUUGAGCCCUUGGAGGUUGCGCCUCCACCACCGCCCAAGCCCGCCACGCCACUCACUAAGGAGCAGCUGAAAGCUCAGAAAAAGAAAGACCACCAAAUGCUGAACCUUCUGAAGAUCAGGAUUCAGCCUAUCAUGGACCAAAUCAAGAAGUACAAACGGUUUAGGACCGGUGUUAUCGAUGAGUCUCAGAUCCGCUACCUCUGGGAGGAAGAGAAUCCGAACAUCGUCACAAGCGACUUGCCGAUAGAACAGCGAACUACCUUCCGGCCGUUUGAAAAGGCUUACGACAAACAUGGUGUUCCGGGACUUUGGGAAACCGUGUCGGGUAAGUUCUUCUAUAAUAUGGAAAUCGUUACUAUUGAGAAGCGCCUCUCCAAUGGAUACUAUAAACGGCCCUGUGACUUCUUGGCGGAUAUCAAGCGACUAGCCAAAGAUGCACGCCAACUUGGCGACCAAGAGAGAAUUUUGAGAGCCAACGAGCUUCUAUCCAACGUUGAAGUUGAUAUUUCCACCAUUGAGCAGGCUGAGCCGCAGCUCGUCGCGGAAUGCGAGAACGUCUACAUCCGGGAGCUGGAGAGGGAAAAGGCUGCAGCUGAAAAGGCCAAAAGGGCCGAAGAAGCAGAACAAGGCUUCACGGCUCGUACAGCAAACCACAACGUACCGCAUGGUAAUACCGAGUCCGGUCCUUCGAGUGGCCCUGUAGUGCUGGGUGAGACCUUCCCCGAUCUCGGACCCAAGGAACAGGCCAGACCGGUGACGCCGUCACGAAACUCAACAGUGAGCUUCUUGACCAACGGGUAUCAUCAAGGCGGCGGCUCAGAUCUAAAUGAUCUGAGUGUCCAAGGACAUACAAGCAACGGGUCGCAUGAUUCGAGGCCUGAUGGGGAUGGGGAUGUCUACAUGACUAAUUCGGAAAACCAUUCGGGCACGAGAGACACACAGGGCAGCUCAUUUGGACCUUCUGCGCAACCAAAACCGGCCUAUUCACACACAGCACCUUCUCAGCAGAUAAGACGGGAGUCGGGUCUCUCGAGUUUCUCACAGAGGGGGCCGAUGACUCCAAUGGCACCUGGAUCUCAGCCACACGAUUACGCCAACGAGGCUUCUACUACGCAGACAACAUCAGGCCAAAAAUCAUCGGACCAGUCCUCUCUCCGUCCAAACUACACUCAAAGUCCUGUCGUUGGCCCAGGGUUGAGGCACGAUUUCCCGGACCUCACCCAAUACCCAGACCGGCUAGGAUUAGAAGAGCAUCUACCAGAUACCCAGCAGGGUGACAGCAGCCAGCUAUCCCCAAAGCCACGCGAGUCUCUCGCUGGAAAUGCGGAUUCGCAGCCCGAACACCAUGUGAAUGGCAGUCAGUCACAGUUGAAGACACAGCCGCCGGUGCCUCUUUUCGAUGGAACUGCCAAAACAUCAUCUCAUCCGCUAGCUAACCUCCAAUCCAUCCUAAAUAACGAGGAUUCAACACCAACGCUAAUCCUGGACUCCGACUACGUUCAGAACCUGCAUGAGCAACUCACCCAGCGAACCAGUGGCUGUUCGGUGGAGCAGCUCGAGCAGAUCAAUACUAGCCUAAUGGAUUAUUUGUGGCGCACACGUGGCGAAUGGAACCGCAGCAAGGUGGCUGCUGGAAUCCGUGACACGUUUAAUGAGAUCCUCGAAGACAUGCAGGCGAUGCAGGAGAUUGGCCCCAUCAGCCAGAGGACGAAGGAACAGUUGGGUUCAUCAUUCGAACACUUGUAAACUAUGCUGCAUUUUCGACGGCCAAGAUACGUCUCUGGCACUCUCACCUCUACCCUGUCCAUCCCGGUUUUGCCUUCCUCCCUUCACUCUCUCUUGUUCCUGCCCAGUAUUUCCCUCCUUUUGGUAUUAGGGCUGAAUUGGGAUGUUUGUGUACUUUUGACAUUGGACUCAUGUAAUGAAACCAACGUUGACCCUAGCCUUUUUUUACCCUCUUUGUUCUUCUACUUUCAGACUAUACCUAUCUUGUUUUGCAAUUCUUCUCUUAUUUAUCGCCGGAAUGGCCAUUCCUUGAAAGCCUAUAGUGUUGUUUCUUUUGGUUGGUUGUUACGGCGGAUUCUAAGGGCUGGGUUUUUCCUUUUGAGCGAACGUGAGCUCGUACCUGUAUGCGCGAAGACAUCUCUGUUACCUGAACUUUUUUAUUUUUUUU